UUUAAACAUGGCGAUGUCCUGUACAGCACUCAUGCGAGUCCGAUCACUGAUCGCUUUAAGGAGAAAUACUCUUGAAAUUACCAACCAGGUCGGCUCACAUUGGACAUUUGUUAGUCGAUACAGGACUAAAGCUGGUGUUAUUCAUAAACAUUCUCUGCCAGAAACAGUUAACCGAGAUCGUCCUGACCUUCUUCAAGAGUUUCCUGAACCAAAGAACCUGCUGCACGCCACACUGUCCCGAUCACUGGGACUGUCUGACCUCUCUCAACACAUCCAGUACAGCUGCACUGAUGGGGAAGUCAAGAGAGCCACAGUCACACUUCACUGGCCAAUGAGAAUCGAGACUGAGGGUUUCGGGUCUCGCAAGAUCGAAGCAGAACGUCAAGCAGCAGCGGCGGCCUGCUGUAAGCUGAGAGAGCUGGGUAUUCUUGGUCAAGGAAAGCAGCCGUCCAUAAAGGGGAUGUUGAGACAGACGCAGACUUCUGUGUGGGAAGAUAAAGAGGAGGCUGAGGCUGUCUGCAGUAGCGUUCAAUCUCUGCCCAUCCAGAAGAGCACAUCACGGAAGCCCUUAAUAGCCCAAAGGCCAUUCGAAGAAGAUCCAAAAGUCACCGAAGCACUUUCCAUGUUUCCAAAGCCAAAGGCACUUCUGUCAAGUGUCAUUCAGGUGGCCACAUCAUCCUGUAGAGUCCGAGAGCUGCUUCAGUACAGAACGUUAGGUGGAAAGGUAAAGACAUGUGAGUUGACUGUACACUGGCCAGAGGAGAUGAAGUUCACAGCCUGUGGCCGUCGCAGACUGGAGGCAGAAUCAAAAGCAGCAGCACUGGCCUGUCUCCGGUUUAAGGAACUGCAGCUCCUAGACGAGCAGAACAAUCCUCUCACUCAUGCAAGAUACUAUCAGGAGGAAGUACGUGAAGCUGGUGAGAGAGAGAGACAGCCUUGUCGAAUCGAGAUACGUGACAAUCUAGAGCAGAGGAUUCAAGAGUACCUCACACAGUAUCCAGUGGAGACUGAAGUCAAAAGAUUGUGGGAUGAAGAGGAAGAGCUUGCAGUUCAGCAUGAGUCAUCAUCCAUUAAUGAUGAUGAUGAUGAUGAUGACAUCAUUACAGAUGCUAUUACCAAUAAACCAUACCGUGCCUUGCAACCUGAAGAGGCGGAGAAUCUGAGUGACCACCUCCUCAGCCUGUGGAUGAGGGUGGGGCCUGGUCAGGGUGCGGAGCUACCGGUGGACUCCUAUAAAGCGAGCGUGCUCUCAGCGGUGGACUCUUCACAGGUUGUUGUGAUUGCAGGAGAGACUGGCUGCGGGAAGACCACACGGAUCCCACGGUUUUUGUUGGAGGGGAACGUCAGAAGGGGAGACGGGGCCAAAUGCAACAUCCUGGUCACGCAGCCCCGCCGGAUCAGUGCUGUGUCCGUUGCACAACGCGUCGCACAUGAGAUGGGUCCUGCGCUCCGGCAUUGUGUGGGAUACCAGGUGCGUCUUGAGUCGCGUCCACCUGAGCGCAGCGGUGGAGCUAUGCUCUUUCUCACCGUUGGCGUCCUCCUCCGUAAACUGCAGUCUAAUCCCAGUCUGCAGGGCAUCAGUCAUGUCGUGGUGGAUGAGGUCCAUGAGAGAGACGUCAACACUGAUCUGCUUCUGGCUCUGCUGCGUUCAGCCCUCAAAGAGAAUCCACACUUUCGAGUGGUUCUCAUGAGUGCGACGGGUGACACACAGCGACUGUCUGAGUAUUUCGGCGGAUGCCCGGUGGUACGUGUGCCUGGAUUCAUGCAUCCCGUGCAGGAGAAGUACCUGGAGGAUGUAGUGUCAGAGAUGGGUCGACCGUUACACGAGAUGAUCCGAGAGAAGAGAAACAAACAGGAAGAAAAUGAUGCUGCUCCUGAUCUUGACCUAGUAACUGAUGUGAUAGACCAUAUUCACUGCCGUGGAGAACCAGGUGCUGUGCUGUGUUUCCUCCCGGGAUGGCAAGACAUUAAAGCUGUGCAACAGAAACUGGAAGAAAAAGCAGCAUACAGAUCAGGCUCACAGUUGAUUUUACCUUUGCACUCCAGUAUGGCUGUAGCGGAGCAGCAAGCUGUGUUCCAACGCCCCCCAGAGGGUCAGCGCAAAAUCGUCCUGGCAACCAACAUAGCCGAGACCUCUAUCACCAUUGACGACAUUGUGCAUGUGGUAGAUGUGGGCUGUCAGAAAGAACAGAACUACGAUCCCAGGACUAAAGUCUCUGGUUUAAAUACGGUUUGGAUUUCAAGAUCAAAUGUGACUCAGCGGAGAGGAAGGGCCGGUCGGUGUCAACCUGGAUAUGCCUACCACCUGUUCCCACGAAAACACCUGGACACCAUGACCCUGUUUCCUGUCCCUGAAAUUCUCCGAACCCCACUGGAGAGUGUUGUGAUUCAGGCUAAGAUUCAUUGUCCAGAGAGCAAAGUUGUGGACUUCCUGUCACAGGUGCUGGACUCCCCAGACCAGCGUGCAGUGAAAGUUGCUGUAAAGAACUUAACGGAUAUUGGUGUUCUGGAUGGCUCUGAGAAUCUGACUGCACUGGGAGAGCGAGUGGCCUGCAUGUCAUGUGACCCGCGCUUGGGGAAAGUGUUGGUUUUCUCGGCUCUGUUCUCUUGUGUUCUCCCCAUUUUGUCUGUGGUAGCGUGUUUGACUCGAGAUCCAUUCUACAACAGCAUGCAGAACCGGACCCUUGUCUCCAAGGCUAAGAAAUCUUUGAGUGGUUCAAGCUGCAGUGAUUAUCUGGUCUUCAGUCGUGCUGUUCAGAGUUGGAAAGAGCAACAUAAGGAGGACAGACAGGAUUUUCUGGACAAAUACACUCUGUCUGGAGCCAGUCUGAGAUUUAUACAUGGUCUGAUGCAGCAGUUCAGUGAAAACGUGUGUGAGGCUGGACUGGUGGACCAAUCAGCUCAAUGUAUUCGUCUCUCCUCACGGCUCAACCAGCAUAGUCAUCAGGAACAGCUCAUUAAAGCAGUGCUGCUUGCAGGACUUUACCCCAAUCUAAUACAGGUGAAAAGAGGCGCAGUGACUAAAGGCGGAAGAUUUCGUCCAGAAAAUAUUUCCUUCCGCUCACAGAGUGGUCCUGUGCUACUGCACCGCUCCUCUGUCAACAGGGGAGAGCAGAAACUCUCGAGUCGCUGGCUCACGUUCUUCUCUGCUGUGAUGUCAAACGGUCAAGUCUUCAUCAGAGACUCUUCAGUGGUUCACCCACUCGCUGUGCUGCUCCUCACAGACUGUGACAUCACUGAGAGAGUAAUAGGAGAUCGUGUUGAGGUGGCUUUACCAGGUCAUGCACUUAUACGAUGGGAGUUUUGUCCUCACACUUGGGAGUUGCUGUGGGAUUUGCGCACUUCCAUCCAGGCUAUGAUCCACAGGAAACUUCGACCCUCUGGAUUAAAAUCCAACUCCUCAGAAAACAGCUGGCAAGACAGUCAACUUAUAUCUUUAUUAGUAGACCUUCUGAAUAACACCGAUUCAGGUGCUAGAAGUGAUCGUGAUAAUGGAUCAGUGGAGCAAUGACAAAUAAACAUGGAAAAGUGGACUGCAAAUGUUGGGGCAAGGCUGUUUUUAAUGUAAGCGUGCCCAGUGUCUGUAAUGCUGUCAAUUAAUUGAAACAUUUCACAUUCCAGCCAAACAAAGACUGAGCUGUAAGAAUGAUUCUUUGGGGAAUGUUGUAUUGCAAAGUCUAAUCUAAUUUAAAACUAGAAUUGUUCCUAAGGGUGUAUGAAAUGAGCUAUAUUACUCAAAUAUUAUAAAUGUUGCAUGUACAUAUGCAUCUGUAUGUGUCUGUUAAAGGAGAAAAAGACUGCUGUGGAGUUUGAUGUCACCAGAUUCGAAAAGAAUAUAUAUCUACAGUAAUAUAGUAUAUUAAAAUGAAGAUAAGCCAUAAAACUGCUUAAUUUCUUGGUGCAAGUGCAACAUUGAAGCCAACAGACAUUUACGUGCAUUUUUUCUGAACAUACUAGUUACACACACAAACUUUCAUAAACGCGUUAUUCUGCAUCUCUAAGCCAGCGAUACUAUCGCUAACACUAUCGCUCCUGUUUAUAAUCGACUUCCAUAUUACACAUCCGGACAUUUGCACGUGAUGAAAUCGUACGAGAAUAAACUGUCAGCUUUGGACAAUGUUUUUUUCCUUUUGAGUCUGUAGAUAAUUCGAUGAGCUGAAACUCCUCCCACAUAAAGUGCAGCUGUAUGGCUUCUCUCCAGUAUGCACUCGUGAUCACACUUUUUAGACAAACUUUUAGACAAAAAAUAUUGAUACAUUUCUCAAAUCAAGUCAUUUUUAUUUGUAUAGCGCCUUUCACAACACACAUCAUUGCAAAGCAGCUUUACAGAAGAUCAGGCAUUAACAGACAAUAAAACUGUAAUAUCUAUAAUGUCUAUGAGUCAUCAUUGUGUAAUUAGAUAAAAUAAGAUUGUUAAUAGUGUUUAAAAAUAAGUAAAUAAUAAUUCUAUUUAUAACGUUAGUGAGCAAGCCGAAGGCGACUGUGGCAAGGAACACAAAACUCCAUAUAUGAGUCUUUAGUCUAGACUUAAACUGAGGGAGUGUGUCUGAGUCCCGAACAGUGUUAGGGAGACUAUUCCAUAGUUUAGGAGCCAAAUAUGAAAAGGAUCUUCCUCCUCUUGUGGAUUUUGAUAUUCUAGGAACUAUUAACAGGCCAGAAGUUUGUGAUCGUAAUGUGAUGGAAUAUAGCAUGGUAGAAGGUCACUUAAGUACUGUGGAGCUAAACAAUUCAAAGAUUUGUACGUAGUUAACAGAACACAAAAUUUCAUUAUUAUUUAUUCAUAAAUAAUUGUCAAACUUUCUCAAUAGCAGCUCUGUUUCUCUUAAGUGGGUACUGAAAUAUUGUUGGAUGAUAAUGGCCUGAUACAUGUAACAUCACAACAUUUUGAAGACGUGUCGUCAUACUUGUGCUCCAAACUUACUUCAAACUUCUCUGUCUGCUCGUAUGAAUGUAAGUCAUCAUAAGAAAGUGUUUCAUCACUGUUCAAAUGCACUUUGGAUCAUUUAUAUGUAUAAAUGUUUUCCAUCUGAAAGGACUAAAUAUUAAAUGAAACAAAUGACAAUA